AGAUCCUAAAUUUAUUAAAAUGAGAUCCUAAAUUUUGAAUUUAUUUAAAGUUUAGCUCUUUUAAAGAGGUUUUACCCUGUAAAAAUAAAAACGUCCUUUGGAACCACCGAGCCCUUUUAAUUUUUAAAGCUCUUCUUUUGCCAAAUUACCUUAAAUUCGCCGGCCAAAAUAGAACGGAUCCCUCUUUAUGAUCGUCAACGAAACAAAAAUCAAUUUAAAAGCCAACCCUAAAUUUCCCCGACUAUCAAAAGGAACUUUCUCCCUCAAUAUCCAACUCAAAACCCUAAUGGCUCCCAAAUUUUAGGGCAAUUUUCAAUUCUCUCCCUCUCCCGAACGGCAAUACCAAUCCAAUCGACCCGUUCUUUCUUUCCUAUGUCUCGAUUCUUCCAUCGUUUUCUUCUAUCCUUAUUUUUCUGUGUUUUAGGGUUAGCGUUUGGCGUUGAUUUCGGUCAAGCUUUCAAAGUUCCUUUAAGGGUCAAAGAUGUACUGCCGGUGCUUCCGCGCCAGAUAUCUUGGCCGGUGUUGAACAAUCUUCACAGCGCCGUUGACUUGUUGCCGGCUUUUGUUGGAUCAGUUAGCCCAAACAAUGGGUCAGUUGAAUGGAAAGGAGCUUGCUUUUACGCCAACGAGGCUCGAUUCGAUUUCACCGAAAGUGAUCGCAAUAGUUCGGAAUUGGGCGGUGGAAUUCUUCAUCUCAGGACAUCUGAAGCUCACAGCUGGACCUGUAUGGAUCUUUAUGUUUUUGCGACUCCUUACAGGAUUACUUGGGAUUACUACUUUUCUGCUCGAGAGCACAUGUUGAAAUUUGAUUCUUGGGAAGAAACCGCAGAGUUGGAAUAUGUAAAGCAGCACGGAAUCUCUGUAUUUCUAAUGCCAUCAGGAAUGCUUGGCACAUUGCUUUCUUUAGUAGAUGUAUUGCCUCUAUUUUCUAAUACUAUCUGGGGUCAGAAUGCCAACCUUGCUUUUUUGAAAACACACAUGGGUGCGUCAUUUGAAAAACGUCCUAAGCCAUGGAGUGCAACAAUAAAUCCAGAAGAUGUGCAUUCUGGUGACUUUUUGGCAGUGUCAAAGAUUCGCGGUCGGUGGGGAGGAUUUGAGACAUUAGAAAAAUGGGUGACUGGAGCAUUUGCUGGUCAUACUGCGGUUUGCUUAAAGGAUGAUAUGGGUAAUCUAUGGGUCGCUGAAUCAGGACAUGAAAAUGAAAAGGGUGAAGAAAUUAUAGUGGUUAUUCCAUGGGAUGAAUGGUGGGAGCUGUCACUGAAGGAUAGUUCUAAUCCACAGGUAGCCUUGCUUCCUUUACAUCCAGAUGUACGUGCAAAUUUCAACUCCACUGCAGCAUGGGACUAUGCAUGGAGUAUGUCAGGCAAGCCAUAUGGUUAUCACAACAUGAUCUUUAGUUGGAUAGACACUGUAGCUGACAACUAUCCACCCCCUCUUGAUGCUCACUUGGUCAUUUCUGUCAUGUCUAUGUGGACUAGAGUGCAGCCUGCAUAUGCUGCAAAUAUGUGGAAUGAAGCGCUAAAUAAGCGGUUAGGGACUGAGGAUUUAGAUUUAUACGGAAUUUUGGAGGAGAGUGAAAGGCGUGGCAUAGCCUUUGAUCAAUUACUCACCAUCCCGGAACAAGAUGACUGGGUAUACAGUGAUGGGAAGUCAACAACAUGUGUUGCCUUUAUCCUUGAGAUGUAUAAAGAGGCUGGGGUCUUUGGUACUAUUUCUAACUCAAUUCAAGUAACUGAAUUCACUAUUCGUGAUGCUUACAUGCUUAAGAUUUUUGAGAACAAUCAAACACGCUUGCCAAGUUGGUGCAACAAUGAGGAUGGCCGGCUUCCGUUCUGUCAGAUUCUUGGUGAGUAUUGGAUGGAAUUGCCAUAUUAUAACACCUUAGAGAUAUAUGCCAACAUGAAUGAAAAUUGCCCUUCCUUACCUCCAAGUUAUGAUAGGCCCACGAGAUGUUAAGUUUGAUUGCAAUCUGUUUGCAGUCUGUGCCCCCACUCAUGUUUGUAUAACGUCCUUUAUUAAAUGCAAAGAUGCCUUUCCGGAAAAUCCUACAACACAAUAUAUGCAUUCUAAUUACUGCUAGAUAUACUCAGUUUCUAUAAAUAGUAUAAUGAGGAGAACAUUUAUGUACUAGUUGAGUAAAUUAUUUCAUUGGUGAUUGCAAACAUCUGAUUCUCGAAUGGUGCUUUUGGAAUUAUUGCUAGCGAGCUGAAACUCAUAGCACGGGCAAGCUUUUCUUUUUUUUUUUUUUUAAAUCACGGUGUUCAUUUUGCAUGAUACAUUGUUUAAGAUCAUUAAAGUGUUCUAGUGGUCGUUUUGGGAGAUCUAACCUGGGCUAUCAUACUGAUAAGUACCUGCUCAUCUAUUAAGCUUAAGAAUCGUCAUUUAUCUUAUUUCCCCUAGUAUCAUUGAUUCCGAAAUGUAGACUCCUUCGUAGAAGGAUUACUAUGAUCUUCGGACGAGCUGGCCGGGCAAAAGCUGGAUCGGCUUUAGACUUGUGUAAUUCCAAACCCCUCGUUGGCAAUUCCGUUAAAUAAUGUGAACAAUUAUACCCAAUUCCUGAUAAGGAGUGUAUUUAUAA